CCGGGGGCAGCGCGCGGUGGCCGGGGCGCUGCGGGGCGAGGCCGGCGAGCCCGGGACGCGCCUGGUGGCAGCUCGGCCUCCGCAGAGCGGGACGCCGCGGGAGCCGCACUUGCCGGGUCUGCGCGUCCCACGGUCCCAGCCCCGGCGGGUCUGCGAGGACCGGGCUGCCCCGAGAGCGCCGAGAGCCCGGCCCGCGCCUCCGCGGCCGCGACGAGGAGCCGGGCGGGCGGCGGGCGCGCUCCCUGCGGCCCCGGGAUGACUUCUCGGGGCUCCCCGCUGGCGCCCUUGCUGCUCCUCUCUCUGCACGCCCUACAGAUAUUUGAAGCCCGAUAUCCUCAACAGUGCCCAGCGCCAUGUUCUGCACAUUUGCGAAGCAAAAUGAUGUAAUAUAUUCUGGAGCCCAUUGCUUGCAUGUGAAUCCCAGCUAGGCCACUUCCUAGUUUAGGUGUGGCAGCUUCCCUGGAAGUCUCAGAGAGCCCUGGGAGCGUCCAGGUGGCCCGGGGGCAGACAGCGGUCCUGCCCUGUACUUUCACCACCAGCGCGGCCCUCAUUAACCUCAAUGUCAUUUGGAUGGUCAUUCCUCUCUCCAAUGCCAACCAGCCUGAACAGGUCAUUCUGUAUCAGGGCGGACAGAUGUUUGACGGUGCCCCCCGGUUCCAUGGUCGGGUGGGAUUUACAGGCACCAUGCCAGCCACCAAUGUCUCCAUCUUCAUUAAUAACACUCAACUCUCAGAUACAGGCACCUACCAGUGUUUGGUCAACAACCUUCCAGAUAGAGGGGGCAGGAACAUUGGGGUCACCGGCCUCACAGUUUUGGUUCCCCCUUCUGCCCCACACUGCCAAAUCCAAGGAUCCCAGGACAUCGGCAGCGAUGUCAUCCUGCUCUGUAGCUCAGAGGAAGGCAUUCCUCGACCAACUUACCUGUGGGAGAAGUUAGACAAUACCCUCAAACUACCUCCAACAGCCACUCAGGAUCAGGUCCAGGGGACAGUCACCAUCCGCAACAUCAGCGCACUGUCCUCAGGUUUGUACCAGUGCGUGGCUUCUAAUGCCAUUGGAACUAGCAGCUGUCUUUUGGAUCUCCAGGUUAUUUCACCCCAGCCCAGAAGCAUUGGACUAAUAGCUGGAGCCAUUGGCACUGGUGCAGUCAUUAUCAUUUUUUGCAUUGCACUAAUUUUAGGGGCAUUCUUUUACUGGAGAAGCAAAAAUAAAGAGGAGGAGGAAGAAGAAAUUCCCAAUGAAAUAAGAGAGGAUGAUCUUCCACCUAAAUGUUCUUCUUCUGCCAAAGCAUUCCACACUGAGAUAUCCUCCUCAGAGAACAACACGUUGACCUCUUCUAACACCUACAACAGUCAGUACUGGAGCAGCAAUCCGAAAGUUCACAGAAACACGGAGUCACUCAACCACUUCAGUGACUUGCGCCAGUCUUUCUCCCUCCACUCAGGCAAUGCCAAUAUACCAUCCAUCUAUGCUAAUGGGAACCAUCUGGUCCCAGCUCCACAUAAGACUCUGGUAGUGACAGCCAACAGAGGGUCGCCACCACAGGUCGUAUCCAGGAGCAAUGGCUCAGUCAGCAGGAAGCCGCGGCCUCAGCACACACACUCCUACACCGUCAGCCAAGCAACCCUGGAGCGAAUUGGCGCUGUUCCUGUCAUGGUGCCAGCCCAGAGUCGGGCCGGGUCCCUGGUAUAGGACGUGAGUGGACGGAGCAUUCAGGAAAGAAUCAGUGGACUGCCCCAUGCAAGGGGGAGGGGAGGGUGGGUGUGCGCUCGGAAAGAAACACUUUCCUUGUAGCGAUACCAGUAAAAAGCGCAAAGAAGCAGGCAGUGCUGUUACCUGGCCACUAAGAGUUGUGUAAUGAACUGGAAUGUUCCACCAUGAAGACUUGUUUCACCACCACAGCUGUCCCAGGAUUCUAUUCAAAAAGCUGGAUCUCAAAGAUGUGCCAAGCCAAGGAAAAAGAUGCGAGAGCAGAAUAGCACUUAAAGCUGAAACUGCAGUCCAGAUGGGCUGGUUCUUUAAUUCAUGCCUAACUUAAUAAUUGUUCAAGAGACUAAAGUGCCAGACAGAAUUUAAAUAAUGAAAUGAUUUAAAAAGAUAGGCGUCUUUAGUAAAAGUAAUGAGCAGCCCUGGGAUACGUUCUGCCUCCCCCGUCCCCUCUUUGGAGAGGGCUUAAUGGCAGAAAUGGUUAAUAUCGGUCCCCACAGGGCUGCCUCUUGUAUCAUAGAAUCAAAACUUUUUGCACAAACAAAAUUCAGUAAGAAAUAGGGGGAAACAAAAGAAACUUCUCUGAGAAGCCCGUUCCUAUUUAUUUAUUUAUCUCCUCCAGAACCAUGAAUUUCAUAUUUGGAAUAUUGCUAUACGGACAGAUUCUUGCCUGUCUAUGUUUUUCUAGGGUCUGUUACAGGUCUGUGACGUUUACUGUUCAUUAUUUCCUGGAAAAAAAUUUUUUUUAAAGAAAACUAAUGGUUUUUAAAAAUCAUACAUGAGAGGCAUUGGGCUAGCAAAGCAAAGGCGACACCAUGUGCAGUGAGUGUUCACAGAGCCCAGCAGGAGGCCCAUCGCGGAAGAGCUGGGUUGAGUGGGCAGCACGAGAGCAGGAAGGCAGGUCUCAGGGGCGUCCGCUUGCUGACAGCCUCUCAGAGCUGGGCUGUCCAGGCCUCCCUGGCUAUCGCAGUGGGUUCUUCUUAAUGAGGGCAGCACCUGCUGCCUUUUGUACUGAGGUAGAUAACUUUCUCCUUGUUUGACAAGUCGAGGUUAGUAGGUUGUUACAGGCAGGGCAGGAGUUGUUUUGUUCUUUUCCAAAUAAUUAUUUUGCAAAAGAGAUAAGACUGAGACAAAAGGCAUGUCUUCAGAUAUGCUCCUGGGAGGGUCUGCCCUGUAUUUAUCACAGCUCAGGGUUGCAAUUUCGCCCAAUUGCGUUUUACACCUCUGUAAAGAGGCUCCUUUUGUGAUUAAUUACCUGGCUUGGCUGGCCUUGCAGUUCACCAGAUAAUUUACAAACUCCUCAUUCUAUUUGUGCCGCGUGGAUCUGCCCAUACUUGCAUUGGUGGCUGAUUCGCCUUAAUCACACUUUGAGCAACACAUGAAUGAUUUCUUCCCAAAUUUGUUUCCUAAAUUAUUUACGACACUGAGCUUGUGAUUUGAUGAGUAUCUUUUCUAUCCCAAUUCGUCUCACUCCCUCUUCCCACUUUUUCCCUUUUUGCCCUCUUUUCCUGUAAUCACAGUUGUCACAGGGAAGGCCUCCCGAUUUUCAGACCUAUUUGAAUAAA